GGGGGCUGUGCCCCCCAGAAGCUAUCGACAUUUUAACAACGUAAAAGGUGUUUUUUUGUUUUUUUUACCGAGGCAGCUGCCUCGGUUGCCUCAAUGGAAGCUAUGCACUGAUAUUAUGUUCAGUUAAAUACGGAUGUAAAUUAAUAAGUAUAAUGAUGCAUUAUUCUGAUCGUAUAUGGAGAGCUCCGGUAGGCGUCGUGUCACUCGAUGCAAACUUCCGUUGCUUUCGAUAAGUAGGGACAGGUAUCGAGGAUGGUUCGGGUCACUGGAUCUUUAAUACGACAUGUAGACAUAAGCAGACGAUAGGGAGAAGUCGUUGGAUCUUUUUCCAACAUAGAUCUCGCCAGAAGCCGGUAGGCAGAGAGUAGAAAUUGUUAAAAACAAGCCGUGAAUCGAGGGUCUCCUAGAAAUCCAAGAUGACGAGUGUCGUCCCUUUACUUUUUUUAAUGUACACAUGAUACACCUUUUUUAAAACCUCUAAAAAAGCGGAUUUUGGUGGUGGAUUUUGUUUAUAUAAUUUAUUAUUCGGGAACAAAUAAUACAAAACUUCAAUAUCUGACAACCGAGCCCCUGUGCUUAGAUAUUAUGCACACAAGCAAAAGGUGUAAAUGGGGUGGAGGGGGGGGGGGGGAUUGUAAAUUGUACCUAAAAGAUCAAGUGCUAGACUCCCCUUUUCACAAAUUCCUGGAUCCGCCUAUGUUCUAUAUUAGCGACACAUAUCUGGGAUGAAAUGCAUCCCAUUCGCGGUUUCUAUUUGUGUAAACACUGUCACGUGCUAUUUUUAGAUACAGUAGGUGAGACACGGGAAAUUACUCUAUGUAUAGAUCAGAAUUUUGUAGGAAAAGAAAACGAAACUUGGUUUCUGAAAACAAGCUGGUAAAUUCGCGUUAAUACGGAAAUACGGUUAAUACGGUAAAUGACAGGUGAAGAUAACGGACAGUAUCCGAUCACUAGCUCUUAAGAGCAGCAAUAUCAUGAAAGGUGAAUAUAACGAACAGUGAUCAACUCCUAUAAGGAAUACAAAAUAGAGAGUUUGGCAAACACAAACCCCUGGAUAUACCAGAGGAGGGAUCAGUUGCCUAGGAAGAAUUACAGGUAGAUCCGAUUCCUACUAGAUGCUCUUGAUGUUUGUCGCGGCCUGGAAUGAGCAGGACUCGAAUCCAUGACCUCCCUGUUAUGAAAUAAACGCUCUACCACUUAGCUACCGUGACUGAAGGCUCUGAAUUAAAUUCAUACAAUGGAUAUUUCUAAUCGCGGAGGAAGGGGAAGAGGACGUAAGACUUUUAGUGCAACUAACAGUGAUUCUGGAAGGUCCAGAGGAAGGGGAAGACGAAGAAGAGGAAGAGGGAGGGGAUGGAAUAAUUCAGCACAGUCACGAACAAGGAGUAAAAGUGUAGAAUCCGCGGAUAAUGAUAGUGAAUGCAGUUACCACUGGCAGUCGUCAAGGAAACGCAAUCCCGGAAGACCCAGGGGUAGAUCUAUACAACGAGGAAGAGGGAGGGGAUGGGGUAAUUCAGCACGAUCUCGAGCAAGGAGUAAAAGUGCAGCAUCCUCGGAUAAUGAUACUGAAUGCAGUUACCACUGGCAAUCGUCAAGAAAACACGGUCCUGGAAGAUCUAAAAGUAGAGAAAUACAAGAAGCAAAAGGAAAUGGGUGGGAUAAUUCAGCACGAUCUCGAGCAAGGAGUAAAAGUGUAGAAUUUACGUAUGGCAAUUACCAUUGGCAGCCAUCAAGGAAACACGAUCCUGAAAGAUCUAAAAGUAGAGAAAUACAAGGAGGGAAAGGGAGGGGAUGGGGUAAUUCAGCACGAUCUCGAGCAAGGAGUAAAAGUGCAGCAUCCUCGGAUAAUGAUAGUGAAUGCAAUUACUGGCGGUCAUCAAGGAGGUAUGAUACCGAUAACGAGAGCGUGUGCAGCUUUGGAUCACAAUCAACAGGUAGGGGUCGAGGACAGGGCUAUGCGGUAGGAAGAGGUCCAAUCAAACAGCAAAGCGCUAGAAAACGAAACCAGAAUAUUUUUGAUUUUUCAGCGGAAAGCGUAUUCAAAUUUCUCGUGAAAAAGACAGGUGGUCUGUCAAGUGUAUCGAAAUUGAAGGAGGAAUUCACGUCUUCGACUGCAUUUUUUUCCGACAGGUUGUUAGAGGAAAAGGAAAGGUUAUCUAUCUUUAAAAGGCAAAACAAUCCUGUUUGCAUAGGACCUUUCGUAAAGAAAGCAACUUUUUGUUUUGACCAUGGAACUCACAGAGGUUGUCGUCGAACAAAUUGUUACAAUUUCCAUAUUUGUAAAUUCUACCUGAAUGGAUGGUGCAAACAUCGUGAUAGAUGUCAAAAGGGACACAGCUUCACAGAUUAUCAUAAUGAUAAUAUAAAAGAAAACCUCGGACUACAAGAGUUAACUGAUGACGAAAUCAAAGUAAUCAUUCUGUGCAGGUACCCACAAGCUUGUCGCGCUCAGAGUUGCUCUGCUGGCGAAAAUUGUCCAUAUCUCCACAUUUGCUACAAUUUCUUGAUGGAUAAGUGUGACGAUGACAACUGCCAAAGAGGUCAUUCCUUCGAGACUCCACACAACCAAUGGGUUCUUAGGGUGUACAAAAUGGAAAGGUGGCCGACACAAAAGUUACCAUUGCUGAAGUGGUUGAUAAACAUGCCACGAAGACAAUUACAACAAAGUGAUACUAGCAUGUACGUCCCUCGUCAUCCUAUGUUUCAAACUUCAGACGAAACGGAAUACGAUUGUAUGUCUGUCGAUGAUGAUGAAGAUCUAAAAUGUAUUGUAACGAAAAUGACAUCAAGAGGAGAAAAGACUAUCAAUAGUGUACAUGAUAAAGUAUCAAAAGAUGUAGAAAAACAAUUAGCAACUUCCAUCAGUCUUAAAGAUUCCUAUGCCCAUAAAAAAGACAUCUGUCUGAUAGGUUUGUCGGGCACCUGUCAGAUGACAUACUGUGACCAUCACCACACACGACUGCCAUACAUGUGGCAGAUUAAUAUCUACGGAGAUUGGGUCAGCUUUGAUGAGGAAGAAAAUGAGAAACUAGAACAGCGCUAUUGCAAUUUAGAAGAUGUCGCUCAUGCAGAGGUUGAAGCGAGCACUAAAUAUGGAGUCGUUCUGUACUUUACAAAAGAAUAUGCCACCUUACAAUUCGGAGGAAUCAUAAACACAUCGUCCUAUUUUUUGAUUCGGCGGCUGUCGACGGCGUCAUUUGCGAAAGAUAACGCUCCUCUUAAAUUUGGUUCGUUCCACACACAGUGGAGAUGGUAUUACGAGAAUGACUAUGGACAAUGGAUGUUGUAUGACAAGGAUGUUCUGCAGCACACGUUAGAGAAGAAAUACAUUACAGGACAGAGAAGUUACUUAUUCACUAGAGAAAGUCAUAAGCUGAAGUACAAAGUGGAAUUUUCUAACUGGAAGCAAACCAAUAUUGAAACCUCCAAGGUUCGCAAGAUUCUGAGACGUCCUGUAUUUGUGUCCCGCGCUGAAGUCACACGACAGCAAUUUCCAAUAUUACUAGAUGUGAAGAUUCCUGAACAAGCGCCACCACAUUGGGAUCCGAUAGACUUGGCACACGACUUUGAAUUAGUUGACCUAGAGAAGACAGGCAAGGAAUAUAGUGGUGUGAAGACCGCUUUCUUCGCCACAUUGAAGGAGAAGAACUUUCAGAUUUCCAACAUCUACCGUGUACAGAAUUUAGCGCUUUGGAAGGAGUACACAAUGAAGAAGUCAAACAUGGAGAGGGUUCAUGCCAAGAAUGUUAGAAGUGUUGAUGAGAGAAGCCUCUUUCACGGCACCGACUCUUUCGACACGUGUUACGGUAUCUGUACCAAUAAUUUUGACUUCCGUUUGAGCGGGAAAAAUGCAACUAUGUAUGGGAAAGGAUCAUACUUUGCUGUUACAUCGAAUUAUAGUAACAGCUACACAAAAGGGCCCACGCGAUUGAUGUUUCAAGCCAAGGUUAUGGUAGGGAGCUACACCAAGGGAACGCAUGAUAUGACCUGUCCACCGAUUAUCCCUGGAGAAGGCCACAAGAGGUACGAUUCCUGCAUUAAUGAUGGUGCCAAUCCUUCAAUAUUCGUUAUUUUUGACAGGAAUCAAUGCUAUCCGGAAUACCUAAUUGCUUAUAAAGAAAUAAAUGUAGAAUCUAGCGUAGAUAUAGCAGUACCCACCACGCGUCAGAUAAGACCUGCUGCCACGACGGUGUACCAACCAACAGGGGGAGCAACUGCAGGCUCUAUAAGAAAUUCCCAACGCUAUUCCACCACAUCGCAUUUGCAUACUUCCAAUCAAGCAAGUGUCUCGUCCUACCCUACCAGUUCUCAAACUCCUACGCCCAGGCCCUCGGUGACCCCCUCGUCGUCUUCUCUUGGACAUUCAAAUCCAACAAGUAGUCAAACAAACUCUUUUAGUAGUCCUCGCUCUCUUUCCAAUACACACAAUCAGCAGAGCAGUGCUUCAGUUCAGCCCCGGGUCCCCUCAAGUUAUCAUUAUGACCAAAAAGGGUACAAUCGGCAACCCGCUUCUCCAACACGGAGUUCAGUAGAGAAUGUCUACUUCCCGGUCAGAAAGAAAAAGGAUACGUGCACCGUUCAAUGAAGCAGAGAGAAUUUAAAUAUUAUGAAGGAAAUUAUUCUCCAAAUAUACGUUUAUUAUCUAUACUGUUAUUCCAGAAAAUGGUUUUAAAUCAUUUCUUCCCAUUUUCGACGCAAAUGUUCUUGAGUAGAUGUGAAAUGAAAAAUGUUAGAUUCCUGUGAUAUCAUUUCAAUACUUUAUAGAACAAGCAUGAAUGUUUAAGUAGCUAUCUUAGGACUAAGAAGCGUCUUCAGAUAUGCUGGGAACCUAUUUCAGUUAUAAGUGCAUUUUUCGGAAGUGCCUUAUCAUAGAAAAAUCGUCUGAAACUUUCUGAAUCACCUUGCAUACUGAAGUAUCGUGAUAUUGUGUAAAACAUUUGUACUUGAUGGAUUCUAGAAGUUAUAUUUUAGAACAGUGUUUGGCAGAGUGAUGUAAUAUACCUGUUUAAAUUACUGGGGACCGGGUUGCACUUAACGGUCGAUUUCCUCUGCUUAUUCAUCUCGGCGGUAAACCGAGACACAGUGUAAUCUGUGAACAUUUGAUUUUUGCUUUUUGCAGUUACUAAUUUGAUCCUCGAUAUAAAUUUUCUGCUAAUAAUUUUAAAUAAAUUGUUGAAUCUUUGAAA